AUGUACGUCAACGUGUAUACUGGCAUGUGGGUCGAUUAUUCCAAUGGGCGAAUCACUGGUGCAACCAUAACCCUGACUGCUCGAAAUGGCUCAAUCUUGGUAGCUGCCCUAUCUAUAUUCCUUGUCCUUGUUGGAAGCCAGUUCUGGAGCAUUCUGACUUUUGAUAUUCACUGGAUGAACACAACAGACAAGAUUACUGAUAUACUGCACUUUCAGCACCAGGCAACCUUUCGCAAUGCCGGCACAUCAAUCGGUGCUACUCGAGAAUUGCUGGCGCUUCCAUUCCCAUGGCGGCGUCGACAAACGGGGCCAAGAGACUUCUCGGUGACUAUACUUCGGUCACGGGCGUGGGCUUUGCUUGCUCUUACCAACUUCUGCGUUUGGUCUACGGUUGGACCCUUUUCAUGUGCCAUUACUAGAUCUGCCGGAAGCCACUUUUUGAUUGCGCCAGGAACUUGUGGGAUAGUAUUUGACAACACGUCUGAAACCGGCCUUUCAAGCAAAUCACUUAGCAAAACCAUCAUUGCGGACACACACGCACGAGGUUGUUAUGAGAGUAAUGAUAGCUCGGCACAAUGUAACUCGUUUGUUCAAAAACAAUUACAUGGACCGAAGAUGCAAACGCGUACCGCGCUCUCGGGAAUGGCUUCUGCUCGGCUACGCUUGAACUUGACAGCGGAUGCAUCGACUCUCACUACGAGCUGGGUAUUAACGCGCCCCUGGAAAACCGAAUUUAUUACCGCAGGCUCGAUGAGUCAUUAUGGUGGAGAUAUUAAGGCCUCAAGCUGGUUUCCCUCGCAGGAAUCCUACCUGCCAGAUGAAGAUCUCACCCUCGUCUGGCUACUUCCAAAUUUUGUGUUCUCCAUGACCCCUAUUGACGACCCAUUUUUUGGAUUUCAUGCAAAUCAUAUCUCAAAAAGACUCUGCCAACCCGAUAAUUUGGUAAACAUCAUGGCUUGUACUGAUCAAUAUCAAGUGUGUAAUCCAAAGAGACAAACGCCUAUAUGCUCCCCGGUAACUGCAGCCGUCCUAUUACGAGACAACAUUUCCACCAUUGAGCUGAAUCCCACUCAGAAUGCCACAGCCAGACUGAUACUGGCCCUAAAUGGUGCUGAAGGUAUCAGUUCCUCACUUGGGGGAAGAGGGGCAGGCGCGCUUCGUGCAGGCGAAAAGGUUGCUCAGUCCAUUCAAAAACUCCAGUAUGCCAUUGUUGAAUAUCCAACCGGUCCGACUUCUCCCUUAAUGGAAAAUCUUGCCCUGAAGGUUCCGCAGAGGUCUGAAUCCCAGAAUCUCUGCCGAUCAAUGAAAGUACCAAACCCAGGAGGGUACAAGUCCUUUAGCGUUCUUGCCCUCGUUAUGGUUCUCGUUGUAGCAGGCAUGGUCAUUAUCAUAAGCAUCAUUCUUGAGCCCGUCACCAAUUGUAUUUAUAACAAUUGGGUCACAGAGCACCAGUUCCGGAGGCUUCAAUGGAUUCUCGACGGAAAGCUGCAGCUUCAGCGAAUAGCAGUUCAUUAUCGGGCGGCUGGAAAGCCCAGGGUGACAUCAUUUGAUGAUACCAGGCACACCUGGCACCCAAGAACACGCACCGCUUCGAGAGCAGCUUGCAUGAAUGUGAAUAAACAACACAGAGGUUGGGAAAGGAAGGAUGGUGAAAGGCACCGAGGUGCUGCGCCACCAACUCGAUCCAAUCAAGGCUGAUAUGGUCAUCAGCUCGGCGGUUCUGGAUAAUGACGAUGAGG